GGUUUUGAAUGAAAUUAUGCUUUACAGACAGCUUCCAGUUUUUACUACGCAUCAGGUAGAUUCAUCAAACUCUUCUAUUUGGCAGAGGAAGGGCUAAAGAACUUGUUAUACUUUGACCUGAGUGACUUGCACUUUUGGGGAAUCCCAUUCACACUCUUCUCUUUAUAAUCAGCAAAUAUCCACUGUGAUCUUCUCUGCACCAUGUGUCCCCUUAAUGCUGCAUUACAAGCCUGAACCCAAAGCUGCGUGGAGACUUGAAUGCUGCAUUUUCCCUAUACAGCCGCUGCUGCCCACUCCCCCCUCCUUUACUCCCAAUCUAAUGGUUAUACAGGAUCCAAGCUUUUCAGUGCAUGUUUGUCUCUAUAGGGCCACAGACAGUGUUCCUGAUUAGGCACAGUCUGGCAUGCCAGAGAAACGUCACAGCUCAAGCACCUGGGACAAAUCUGGCAGGGGGGAUGGAUCUGACACCACACGUUUACAGCUCUAUUUUGCAGGCACUCUCCCUUUCUACAGCUAGUGCACUGCUGACUAGAAUAACUUCCCCUUUAGCAACAUGUGCUGAGUGGUGGAGAAAGCUUUGAGAAGCGGUUUUACUUGUUUUUAUUUCUGGGAGGGGGAAGUUGUGAAGUUAUUUUUGGAGAGGAGGGGGAACUAACCAAAGUUAAAGAGAGCUUCCCAGCAGGUUCCGAAAGAGAGAGCUCCAUGUCCUGAAGCAGAAGCAUUUCCUUGCGAGAUUGCUUUAAUAAUUUUGUAUAAAAUGCCCCAUGCUCGUCCCAGGAACCAGAGUCUAAUCCCAGAGGUGACGUGGGACUCUGGGCUCAAGGAGAUGAAUGAGACUUGGAAGGGAGCUAUUGCCUGCCUCGGGGUGGCUGUCUUCUUCGUGAUGACCAUUGGGAUUAUCUACUGGCAAGUGGUGGACCAGCCAAACAAGAACUGGAUCUUGAGAGGGAGCAUCAGUGGUCUCAUCUGGGAGCGAAGGUCUCACUCCCUCGUCCUGCAGACCCUGAGCGAGGAGAAGACCCUGGUGGAGAUCAAUGUGGGCAACUUCCCAGACAUGGAGCAGCCCUUUGUGAAGAACUUGUGCUGGCUGAACAAGACGGAGUUCUGCUAUACCUGGGAUGCAAUGGCGGAUCUGGAGAUUUCCCUCGAACCUGGUCCUUCCGCCAGCACAGAGUGCUACAGGAUAAACUGGACUCCACUGCACUGCAAGAUUACACUAAAGGAUUGUUUUUCAAUGACUAAUGUCUCCUGGUACGGAGGAGCAAGCAUCAGAGCCCAGCGCUGGCCUUUGAACAAUGUGAAUACAAAGUCGCAGCCAUUUGUUAUCAGCAACCUCACCAAAAAUCCCACCGGCUAUGGAUCUGUCUUAGAAAAAUACUUUUUGGGAUCAACAGGGGUGACAGUGACAGUUGCACCAGACAUCCCCAUCUCCCUCUCAGUGGAGAGCAACAGGCACUUCUGUCUUGAGAGCCCUUCCAGCAUAGCCAUGGUCCCCCUACAGUAUAUGGUGUGCAUCAGUCAAAACAUCACAGCUGCCCAUCAGGAAGCAGGGGGCCAGCUCUCAGAGCAGGAGAGGAGGCUGCCAAACACUGACAUAUUAGGGUUGCCAAUCUGGAGGCAUUACAAAGCGGCGGAUUCUGCUGCCAAAAUGGAGCGAGGAUUAAGGUCUUUCUUCAGCAGAUUGAAAAGACAUCAUCUUGGGGAGGGGCUAAUUGCUCUCAACGAACAUUCCACAAUGUUACUUUCCAAUGCGGACCAUAUGCGCUUUCCCAUGGCUCUGAGACACACCAGGGACCUCUCGUUAAUUAAACCUCUGAAGUUUUCCAUAACUCUGUCCCCGUAUACAAGCAUUAACUCCCAGCUGUUUCUGUCGUCUCUGCAAGAGGGCAAAGAAGAUUACUGGCUGAGCCUCCAAUCAAAAUUCGACAGCCACCCGACUCCUCUGCUUACCAAGUGGAAAGGCCAGUUUUCUGUCCGGCUGAACGUGACCAAUGAUGCUGCAAGAAGCUGGUACAUGGACAGGGCGAGCCUCUUGUGGCAGAGACUGGGAGCGCAGUAUGUGACUUUUGAAGGUGGUGAAGGAAACACAUUUGCAGAGCAGGCAAUCCAGCCACCCAGAGAAUUGGAAGGGGAUAAAUACAUUGGCAUUUUUGCACGAAUGGCAGCUACGCUGGGAAAUUCGACAAUAAUUAGUGCUGUCACAAGAUCUAACCAUCUGCCACUCUUCAUUCAAAUGACCCCGCUCCAGUCGGACUGGAGCUAUGCUGGUUUGAAGGGAAUUAUACCUUCUGUGCUUCACUACAGUCUUCUUGGCUACAACUUCUUCAUUCCAGAUGCAGUAGGAGGGACCCUGGCAAAUGAGUUCCUGACAGAAGAAGAGCUGUAUAUUCGUUGGCUGCAGCUUGUGACGUUCCUUCCUGUGAUGUCCUUCAGCACUCCGCCAUGGGUCUGCUGUGAUGACUGGGUACUGAAUCUCACUAGGCAAUACAUACAGAGGCAUCAAGAUUUUGUUGUCCCGCUCAUUGUAAAAUUCAGCAAGGAAUGGCUCUCCUGGGGGUAUCCCAUCUUCCGGCCGCUGUGGUGGCUCAGCCCUAAUGACCCAGUCACCUUCACCAUAGAUGACGAAUACCUCAUUGGAGACGAGGUACUGAUUGCCCCAAUUACAGAACAAGGUCGAGUUCAGAGAGACAUCUACCUGCCUGGGGAAGGCCACAAAUGGAUGGACACCAAUACCGCCCAGGUGUUUGAUGGAGGAACCUUAAUCAGGAACUACUCAGUCAGUCUUGUGGAGGUGCCAGUUUUUGUAAAAGCCUCCUAGAUUCCGGGCUGUCCCAGCUCUCAAAAGAUUCACCUACUUAUCAGACGAGCGAUGUUGACAAGACAUGCUCUCUUCCUUUUCAGCCAUUUGUGCUUUUCCAGGAACUCUCUUUUUAUACAAGUGUUUAAAUCUGUUACUGUGAUUUGCUACCAUUCUAAAAUAGUGAAAUACUGCAGGAUCUCUGGUGCAAAAAAUACCCCAUGUGCACAUGCAGCACAUCUGCUGAGAUCAUCCAGGUUCAUCUGAUCCUAUCCUGUGUGUUAUUUACCAAGAAUGUCUCUAAUUAACUAGUAGUGAAAGAGAGACACCCUCAAAGUCACAGGGUAAUGAGAAAGCAGAUGGAUUCAAUGUCUACUGGAAAUAUUCCCAUUUGGGGGAAAAAAAUCAUUAAAGUAAAGAGGAAGCUCUAACAGAGCCAGGUAUGGACAGACAGCAGGACUGGCUGCCUUGAAAAGAAACAGUCUUGGUUGACCAGAUCUAACUGCCUGCUGGAGUCUUAGUGAAACAGGACUGCAUCAUCACUUAUCUUCUACAGAUUGCAACUUUUUGUUUGGAAAAACUGCAUCAUCCAGUUCUGGGUCUUGUGUCAAUGUCUUUAUUUUUGUCUAGGAAAAAGUUAGAGUCUGAUUAUUAGACAAAACUUACAAAAAAGGAAAGGGCAGAGAAAACUCUUCUGUAAUGUGUGGCUGCAGGUCACCAAUGUGAGGAGUCUUCUCCAUUCCUUAUGGAUGAUUAUUUGCCUUGGGUGGUUUUAGAGGCUAUCCUGUCUGCUGCCCCUGCUUUCUCUCCUCAGAGUGCCUGCCUCCUGUGGCUUGAGAACACCCCAAAACUGAAAUCAGCCUUAGUUCAUUUUUGGAACUAAGCAGCCUAUUUGAAGCACAGGGAUGUGUGUAUUAUGCAGCAGCUGGGACUCAGUAAGCCGAGGAUGUUUUCAAAUGGCAGCACUUAAGACAUUCAAAAGGUUCUAGGAGGCUACAAAGAGAAGAUUAUUUUCUGUAACAUUAAGAGCUCAGCAAACACAUGAGUUCUUAGUAGCUGAUAAGAUGCUGCAGAGGCUGGACAUACAUAGUAUUAGCAUACCUGGAGGAACAGCUUCCAAGUGAAUUCAAAUGACCUUACCAAGGGGUGCAUAUAUAUAGCAGGAGUGGGCUCAGAUUUUCAAUGCUAAAAUUAAUGUAUAUGGUACAAUUUCUUUGUGUAUCCCAUGACAAGUACCCAACUUCAGUCAUGGCAAAUAUCUUACUGCUUUGCCAUACCCUUGGGAUAGAUGGGCCAGAUGCUUAGCUGGUAUAAGCCAGCAUUGUUCUAUUCACAUUAGUGGAGUUAGGCCAAAUUUACACCAGCUGAUGACCUCUCUCGUCUUCCUUUUAGAUUAGGAACCACUCAGGAUUUUCCUAAUCUUAUCGAGAGUAUCUAGGACUUUCUGGACUGUGAGGGGGCCCCAGGGCAGUGUCAAAAUGCAGGGUGCCACAAGAGGUCCAAGGCUGUGAGUGGGAGGGGGAGCCCUGUGUGCCACAUGGGGAAGGGGCUCACUCUGACCACGUACAGGAGGUUGCUGUGGCACAGCGUACAAGUGUAGCAUAAAAACAACUUGUGCCCUGUAGGAGACAGAAAAGGCUGGUGAAAGAAGUGCCUCUUAGUGCUGCUCUGACAGAAUUGAAUUGCCUUUUAAAUGGGGUCCGAACAGAAUAGAUUUUAGCUGCUGCACUGAGCUUGUAACUUGACAUGGUCCCCUCCAGGUGUUCAAUCUCAUCAGCAGUUUACAUGAAACAAAUUGAUACUACAGGCACCAUCCAAGGAUCCACAUCAGACCAUGGCUGUUUGUAAAAGAGGAAUUUGCUUCAGCCUCCUCCAUCACCCCAACCAGGGCCGUCCCUAGGCAUAUGCAGAAUAUGUAGCUGCAUGGGCACCAAAUUGCCCCAAAUUUCAUGGUGCCCUAGGCAGCUGCAUGCUGCAUACGUGGCAGCACCAUCUCCGGCAGCCAGCCCUAUCCCCCAGCCAGCCCCCCUGUGGGCUGCACCCUAAGAGAGUGUGGGGCCUGGGACAACUCCCUCCGCCCUGCCUCUUUGUCUUUGCCCCUGCUCUGUCCCUGGCUCACCCCUAUUCCACCUCUUCCCCCACUGAUGGACACAGCCCAGAGGAUUAGCAGGGGGCCUGUGCUGGCAGCAGGGUCAGGCCUGAGACUGCACUCAUGGGCAGCAGCGGGAACCAGACCAACCCGGCCCCAGCCCGCUCCACUCUGCCAGCUCCCAGCCACAUCACUCUGCUUUAGGGUGACCAG